ACAUCAAAGGGCUUGACUUGAUCUUCGGGCGAGACUUCCUGAAAAGAUUCAACCCCGAGAUCAACUGGGUAAACCGCACCGCAAGCAUCUACAACAAUGGACGGAGAGUACAGCUACCCAACUGGGACGACACUGGAGAUAUCCCAGUGGAGACACUCGCACGAUUCGAGAAGGACGUGAAGCGGACCGACACCGGGUUCCUGGCGAUAGCAACAGAGGUGGAGAAUGACGGAGAGAAAGCCUCGGAAACUCCAGAAAAAAUCAAAGAAUUACUGAAGGAGUUCCAAGACAUUCUUCCUGACGAUCUUCCGGACGAGCUACCGCCAUACCGAACGCAUCAACACGAGAUCGUGGAGGAACCGGGUUCGAAGCCGACCUUCCGAGCACCAUAUCGACUCAGCCCUACGGAGCUGACCGACAUGAAGAAGCAGAUCGAGUAUCUCCUAGCCAAAGGACUCAUCCGACCAUCUACUUCGCCAUACGGUGCCCCAGUACUCUUCACACCGAAACCGGACGGAAGCCUGCGCAUGUGCAUCGACUACCGAGCUCUUAACAAGCAGACCAUCAAGAAUAAAUAUCCGAUACCGCGAAUCGAUGACCUGCUUGACCAGCUUCGGGGAGCUACGGUAUUUUCCAAACUGGAUCUGCGGUCCGGAUACUGGCAGAUACGGAUGGCGGACAACUCUAUCCACAAAACUGCUUUUCGAACUCGGUACGGAUCGUACGAGUAUUUGGUCAUGCCGUUCGGACUCACCAACGCGCCGGCAACGUUCCAAGCCGAAAUGAACCACAUUCUACGACCACUUCUGGACGAAUGCGUGGUGGUGUACUUGGACGACAUACUCAUCUACUCGCGCGACAUGAAGCAGCACGUCGAACACCUGCGACGCGUCUUCGAAAUUCUUCGACGAGAACGAUUUUACGUCAAACUGUCCAAGAGCGAAUUCGCCCUGGAGAAGGUCCAAUUUCUAGGCCACCUGGUGAGCGCUCAAGGAGUUCACGUCGACCCCAAGAAAAUCGAAGCCGUACGUACGUGGAAGACACCCGAGAACGUGAAGGAGUUGCAGCAGUUCCUAGGCUUCGCUAAUUACUACAACAGGUUCGUGCCACAGUAUGCGAAACUCGCGGCACCACUCACGAAUCUGCUGAAGAAGAACACGCCCUACAAAUGGGAGACGAAGCACCAGGAAGCCGUGGAGCAGCUGAAACAAGCACUAACGUCCGCACCAGUGCUCAUCUUGCCAGAUCCCGAACGCGACUACGUAAUCGAAGCUGACGCCAGCGACCAGGCAGUGGGAGCAGUCUUGAUGCAAGACCAGGGGAAUGGACUGCAACCAAUUGCCUACCUCAGCAAGAAACUGCACGGGGCAGAACUCAACUACCCGAUACACGACAAAGAGGCUCUUGCUAUCGUCAUCGCCUUCAAAGCGUGGAGAUGCUAUCUCGAAGGACGAAGAACGACCGUCUACACCGACCACUGCAGCCUGAAAUAUUUGAAGACACAACCCAACCUUUCCAGGCGGCAGGUCCGGUGGAUCGACUUCCUCGAGACACACUUCCACUACGACAUCGUGUACAAGCCCGGCCACAAGAACAAAGCAGACGCUCUCAGCCGGCCUGCACACGUUGCCGCGAUUCAGAUCGAAGGGAUGAAUCCACUACUCAAGGGACUCUUCACCCACGGGUACGCCAUCGACCCCGAAAUUCCCUUGGCAGAAAGGCGACAUCUGCUACAGUGGGACAAUGACAUCGCAUACCGGAAGGGAUCCACAAAAAUCUGGGUACCCAAUUACCCUCCUUUGCGCCAGUUACUACUCGAAGAAUAUCACGACGUCCUCUACGCCGGACACUUCGGUAGCAACAAGACGCUCACCGGUAUCGCCAAACACUACUACUGGCCCCAUAUGGCAGACGACGUCCAGAAAUUCGUCACCUCAUGUGAUACAUGUCAGCGGAUGAAGAGCAGCAAGCAGAAAAAGGCGGGACUACUGCAGCCUCUUCCUGUCCCAGAACAACCAUGGCAAGUGGUUAGCCUAGAUUUCAUCACCGGGUUACCACCUACCUCCAGCGGUCAUGACGCCAUCCUUGUCGUCAUUGACAAGUUCUCCAAAAUGGGACACUUCAUCCCGACACACACGACGGCACGCACCGAGGAGACAGCACAGCUCUUCGUUCGUCACAUCAUCUCACAGCAUGGCAUCCCAACUACACUCAUCUCCGACCGAGACCCCAAGUUCACUAGCAAGUUCUGGAAGGAACUUAUGUCUCUGCUCGGCACCAAACUCGCCAUGUCAUCCGCAUACCAUCCGCAGACAGACGGACAGACCGAGCGCCUCAACCAAAUUGUUGAGCAACUCCUCCGAGCAGCCUGCAAGGACGACAUCUCCAAAUGGGACUUGCACCUACCCGUCCUGGAGUUUGCCUACAACAACGCUACACACGCCGCUACGGGACAGACGCCGUUCUUCCUCUGCUACGGACGCCAACCGCCGCCGCCGCCACCCGUCCUCGUCCAAAAUGAACCCGAGUACGAGGUCGAGUCCUGUUAGAAUAUACCAUGCUAUGCUAG